AAUGAAUCUAAAUACACCAAAGAAGACAUUCUAUUCUCUUCCUGUCUUGUUUUGAUUUUAUUAAUUUAUACUUAUAUAUAUAUUUAUCUGAAAGAAAGUCAAUUGUACAUACCUAUUUAUUUAAUCAAAUCAGUGUUCAGUGUAUCAAAUUAUUUUUCUUCAAUCAGAUUUAUUAUAAGAACAUUGUGCAAAUAAAUUACAAUAUGAAAUACACAUUGACAUUAAUCAAACAUGUAGAAUAUCGUGAAUUUUGCUACAGUAAUUUCUCAAUGACAUAAUUACAGAAGAAGAAAAAAAACGUAGUGGAAUUGCCCAUCUGCUUAUAAUAAAUACCGUCAUCGACACUUCCAUUUUCAUUUCAUAAAAUGUUUUUAGAUGCCUUUUAUUAGGUCGACUUUUUUUCUUCUGUAAUAUGUAUUUAUAAAUAUAUUUGCAGAUAUAUUCAAAUAUAUAUGUGUGUCCUCGCCACCGGCGGUGGCUCUUGUAAAAUCUCAUACAAAGACAAUUACAUUAGGAUUUGUUAUACACAUGUAUACAUGUAUGUUGAAAACAAUUGACUUAAAUUUAGUUUUCAUAUCUAAUCACAAACACUUGUACAUUGUAUCUCUUUUGAAAUUGACUGCUUAAUCGGAUAGCACUCCGUAUAUUAAUAGUGGUUGCCAACCGUACGAUAAUGAAUAAUAAUUACAACUUUCGGUUUCGGUUGAGCCAAGUUUAAAAUUAGCUGAAUGAUUAUUUUUUUUCGAAGAUGGGUUUGGCUUUAAGUUAAACUCAUAAUAACGAUGAAAUUAAAAGUUUAACUUGAAAUAGUCGUGCUUUAAUAAAUAUAUUAAUAAAAACUUCCUAUAAACCUGUGUUGAAGUCGACGCAUGCGCAAAAUAGAUUACAUUUCUUCUUAAAAUAAUUUUUACUAUUUUCUCGUAUGAACAGAACCUACGAGUGAGUUCCGAUAUAUUCAUUUGUGACUUAUUGAAAGGCAGUCGGUGCGUGGCUUGGAUACUUUACAUGUGCAUUACCACUCCCAUUGCCUUUAUUGUAUAAAUGCCAGUUGAAAUACUAUUGUGUUGAGGUAAAACCAAGAAUCUGACAGUCCAAAAAUAAUCACCAAUAUGUGUUGCAGAUUGUCUGAUUCAAUAAACCUGUGAAAACAUGGCGGGAGAAGUGUUUCAAAAUCGUAAAAGGAAAUCAAGAGGAGAAAACAUUCAAAAUAAUGAUAAUGAAAGUGCAAAGAGGUCAAAACAAUACACAACUCAAAAUCAAGAUGAAAAACAAUUUCUUACUCCGGAAAAACACGCUAGUGGUCCACAUAACACAGAUUCUUUAAACCUUACUGUCAGGAGUUUGAUAUUCCACAGAACAACAUCACAACCUCCAUUACCUGGAACGCCAUGCCAAUUCGUACAGACAUCGUCUGGCUCUUCAAUAUUAGGGACCGAAAGAAUGGAAAGCAAAACUAAUGUAGCAAUUAACAAUUUUACAACUGAGAAGCGAAUGUCCCCAGAUUCAGGUAUAACGAACACACCAACGAAUACGACAUCAUCACCAGAUUUGUCCCUUGCACAUGCGCACUCUAGUGGAAUUGGAUCAUUACAAGCAAUGGAAUGCAAUGAUGAAGAUAUGCAGUUGGUGAAUUCACAGACUUCAGAUGAAGUAGAUUACAUAAAAAUGAAGAUGGAAAACAGAAAUAUCACGAGCUCAAUCAAACAAAAGCGGAUGCAAAAGUUCCUUCAAAGGAAAUUUGUUUACCUUAAAAACGAACUUAUUCCUUCGGGUAUAGUCGAUAGACUUCUAAGCGAUCAGGUUAUAACAGAUCAAGAUAAUGAUGAUAUAUGUAGGGUGGAAAGUAGAGGCCAAAAGUGUGAGUUUCUGAUAAAAGCAAUUAAUCGCUCUCUGGAAAACAGUGAUGCCUGUGCCGUUCAAAAGAUAGAAGCUGCAUUCUCAAAAGAAGGCUAUUACUAUGUCUUCAAGGACUACAAGGAAUAUUCUAUGUCUGGUAAAAGAAAAUCACCACCUGGUUCAUCUUCAUUAUGGAAGGAAAAAUUGAAAUCUUUUGAACCUAAAUUGGAAGAUGAUCUGGAUCCACGUUUCUUUAUUGAUCAGUUGGUUUCUGAAGAAGUUCUUGAAUUUGACGAGCACCAAAACAUCUCAGAUGUGACAUUUAAACCAGAAAAAAUCAAUUGCUUAAUCAAAUACCUACACAGGAAAACUGAACAGACCUUCAAUGACUUUUGCAAAGUCCUCAAAAAGGCUUAUAGCAAAAAUACCUUUGUUGAUAAACUUUGCAGUUCACACGAAAUAGAAGAACUUAAAGAACCCGAUGCCAAUCCUCAAGUAUCUCUUGUGAGUAGAGAGGAACAAGACUGCCGAAUGACACCAUCUGCAACAGCACAUAUAACAUUUCGAUUUGACGGAGAAGCAAAAGAUAUUGAACAGAUGAUUGUUGAUGACAAUAAUCCUACUCCAAAUGAAAGUCUGCAAGAAGAAGUUAUGGAUAUUGGAGCAUAUGAAAUCGUUAAAACAACAUUUUCAUCGAUUCGCAUAGUUUUAUCGGCAUUAUCUCACUCCUCAGAGAUGCAGAUCGUAAAGAAAUGUAAACAGUCGCCUGUCUUUCUGAUGAAACUUCUGCAAAAUCUAAUCAAACCUGAACAUUUGAAGAUGUUAGAGGAAAGAGGAAUUAAACGUAUCUUCUUUGAAAUAAAAGUAAAGUUGCCAGGGAGUGAACAUAUUUCAAAAACCGAUAUUGUUAGAAACAAAGACCUGCUAUGCAACGAACUAAAUAAAGUAGAAAUAUUGCAAUUCCUAGGAGAGACCGACAUAACUGAUCAUGUGAAGGCAAUUGAAGACAUAAAAAAAGCUGAAACGAAUACACAAUGCGUCAUGAAAUUUGUGGAAUUCAUUGUUAGCGAAGGAAACGAAACGUACCUGGAAGCGUUCCUUGAAUUUUUGAAGAAGCAUAACAAAGAUGAACUUAUCACACAGUUGUCAAGAUUGCAAUCAUGUUCUUGCAAAAUUUCAAAAAAGAACAUCGUUGAGCAUUAUUCGUUGAUUGAAAAAGAACUGACAGAUGUAGAUACGAUUAUCAAAGCAUUCUCUGAGUAUGCUGACUUUCCUGCAGAUUUAAAAGACAAGUUUAAGAGUGUUUUAAACAGUUCACAUCCGGAAGUGAAAGUUGAUACGUUUUUACGACAUCUUUUGGCAUUACCUGAUGAUGGGAUACAGCUAUGUUUACUUGAGGAACGCUUACAUGCUACAGAUCAGGUUGCAUUACUUGAUAAAAUAACGAAGAUGUCAGAAAAAAAUGAAGGAAUUCAAGUUACUGACGAUGACAUUCGCAGAAACAGGCUUUACCUGUGUGAUGAAUUAGAGCCAAAGCAAUAUCGAGAAAUGGUGAAAGAGAUUGACGAAACUGACAAUCUAAGUGAACAAAUUCUUGAAGCAACAUCUAGAGAAUCUAGAUGUGAAGUACUGCUCGAUUUCAUAUCAAAGGCAUGCAAAACAGACAGUAAGGCACACAUACUGAGCAAAUUCUCCCAAAGUUUGCUCAAAUGGAAUGCCGGUGUACUACAAUAUAUUAAAAAAACUCGAAAACCUGUACAAGAAGGCAAACGCCAGAUGGAAAUAGAGAAUAUCAUUGCUUCAUACAAGCACAUUGUUGACGAAAUUGAGCCAUUAAGUCUUAUAAGAUUCUUUGAAGAGCGGGAAGAAUUAACAGAAGAUGAAAUAAGAUGUAUUCGUAGAUCUUCAUCCCGUAGAGCAAGAGCAGUCACUUUCCUGAAUUUUGUACUAAAAGGAACAGAAUCAAAAGUGUCUUGUUUGAUAGACUAUUUGAGAUUCGCUGGCUACAAUUCAUUACUUAAGAAGAUGCGUGAAUGUAUAAAAAAAUACAAAGAAUGUCCAAGAUUAUAUGCAUUUGACUUGAAGGACUGUUAUGUAUUAAAAGGUGAUUUAGAUAUCAAUUUCAACAAUGAGAAAAACACACAAGAACAAGAGCAUUCAAAUGUACCAACAUUUGACAACUGGUCACUAGUCACGAAUUGGGUUCUUGAAAAUUUCUUCUCACAAAAAAGAGAAUUUGAGGAGCAAAAAACCCAAGAAAUUCGUGAAGAUACCCAAAGACUUCAGGAUGAGGCAAAAUGUUCAACUAGUUAUGAGAAUGUUCUAUGUAUACCAGAUGUGCAAAAUGAAAAAAAGGAAUCCACCCAAUCUGCGUUGCAAUACAACGAGCGUGAGACCAAAAUAAUGGAAAUAUGUGCCAAUGGUGAGAGAAUCGGGAUAGAAAAUAAGAUACACGAAUCUUCAAGGGACAAAUUGUUUCAUGUAAGAUCUCCGAAAGUUAGACAUUCAAGUAAUUUACUUACUGCUGGCUCCCCAAGGUCAAGCCACGAGUAUAUUCGAAAUCAUGACUCUUAUGAUAGAAACAGUGCAAGCUGUAGUCCUUCGUCUAUUCGAAGCCUUAUUUCUCGAGCAACGUCCAUUGAAGACGAUAGCAACAUAUUAAAAGAAGAACAAAUUGAUGGAGAUGAGGCCCUACAUCUAUUCGCUGAGGGCAAUGUAUAAUAAGUUUUGUCUCAAGAAACAACUGUUCGGUUAAAUGAUUACAUUUUUCACAUUGAUGUUAAUAGGAAAUUGUGUAUGUUACCACUUUUUUUAAGUAUAACGAAACCUAAUUAAAAACAGAUACAUAAUUUUAUAGACCACCUAUCUGUUUAUGUAAUUUUCUUCACUCUUUCUUUCAAUGUGUUUUCUCGAUCUUCUAAGAUAUUUUGUCAUAGAACAGGGCCUUUCAAAUUCUAUUUAAAAGGCCCUGCAAGGAAUAAUGAAAUACUUAUAAUAUUAUAGUGAAGUCAACAUAAUUUUACCCUUUCGUUUUAUGUCACUGGUUGACAAGGCAAGCCUAACAAGAAUUUCGAACGACACAUAUACCCCCCUUUCUAGCCAUUGACUCACAUAAUUGGUAAUUUUAUUACAGACACUUGCCAAAAAUGGGUACAUGGAAGUGUUCAAUUAUGGAAAAAUCAACGGAAACCAUUUUGACAUUUAAGGUCCCUGUGACCUUGACCUUUGACCUAGUGACCUGAAAAUCAAUAGGGGUCAUCUACUAGUUAUGACCAAUCACUAUGUGAAAUAUGAAGACUUUGUGAUGAAUACUUUUCAAGAUAAUCAGCGGAAAACAUUUUGUCAUUUUAAGGUCCCUGUGACCUUGACUUUUGACCUAGUGACCCCAAAAUCAAUAGGGGUCAUCUACUAGUCAUGACAAAUCACUAUGUGAAAUAUGAAGACUUUGUGAUGAAUACUUUUCAUGAUAAUCAGCGGAAACCAUUUUGACAUUAAAGGGCCCUGUGACCUUGACCUUUGACCUAGUGACCCCAAAAUCUAUAGGGGUCAUCUACUAGUGUUGACCAAUCACUAUGUGAAAUAUGAAGACAUUGUGAUACAUUCUUUUCAAGAUAAUCAGCGGAAACCAUUUUGACAUUUCAGGCCCCUGUGACCUUAACCUUUGACCUUGUGACCCCAAAAACGAUAAGGGUCAUUUACUAGUAAUGACCAAUCACUAUGUGAAAUAUGAAGACUUUGUGAUACAUACUUUUCAAGAUAAUCAGCGGAAACCAUUUUGACAUUUCAGGCCCCUGUGACCUUGACCUUUGACCUUGUGACCCCAAAAUCAAUAGGGGUCAUCUACUAGUUAUGACCAAUCACUGUGUGAAAUAUGAGAACUUUGUGAUAAAUACUUUUUAAGAUAAUCAGCGGAAACCAUUUUGACAUUUAAGGCCCCUUUGACCUUGACCUUUGACCUUGUGACCCCAAAAUCAAUAGGGGUCAUCUACUAGUUAUGACCAAUCACUAUGUGAAAUAUGAAGACUUUGUGAUAAGUACUUUUCAAGAUAAUCAGCGGAAACCAUUUUGACAUUUCAGGCCCCUGUGACCUUGACCUUUGCCCUUGUGACCCCAAAAUCGAUAGUGGUCAUCUACUAGUAAUGACCAAUCACUAUGUGAAAUAUGAAGACUUUGUGAUACAUACUUUUUAAGAUAAUCAGCGGAAACCGUUUUGACAUUUCAGGCCCUUGUGACCUUGACCUUGUGACCCCAAAAUCAAUAAGGGUCAUCUACUAGUGAUGACCAAUCACUAUGUGAAAUAUGAAGACUUUGUGAUACAUACUUUUCAAGAUAAUCAGCGGAAACCAUUUUGACAUUUAAGGCCCCUCUGUGACCUUGACCUUUGACCUAGUGACCCCAAAAUCAAUAGGGGUCAUCUACUAGUUAUGACCAAUCACUAUGUGAAAUAUGAAGACUUUGUGAUAAAUACUUUUCAAGAUAAUCAGCGGAAACCAAUUUGACAUUUAAGGCCCCUGUGACCUUGACCUUUGACCUAGUGACCCCAAAAUCAAAAGGGGUCAUCUACUAGUUAUUACCAAUCACUAUGUAAAAUAUGAAGACACAGACCGACGGACCGACAGACAGACCGACAGACCGACAUUAGCAAAACAAUAUACCCCCUCUUCUUCGAAGGGGGCAUAAUAACCUACUUAAUAGCUUUUCUCUUAUCAACUGUAUCAUUUGUAAAAACUUCACUCUAGGUAUAAGCUAAUAUAGGUAAUUUGAUCUCUUAUAAUUUAUGUUUUGUUAUACAUUAAUUGAUGGCAUAACAAAAUAAUAUAAUCCUGCUACAUUAUUUUGACAUUACCUCAUUGUUUUCUAACAACCAACGGUCUUCAAAGGCAGCUGCAAUUUACAAUAAUUUAUUCAUUCAUUUAUGUCAUUAUCAAAUAAAUAGUUCUAGACUCAUUUAUUAUUCUAUUAAUCGGAGAAUAUUAAAUACUAGCAUUACACGUGUAUUUAAAAAAGUAAGCACAAUAUUAAGUUGCCCUGUAUGUAGCCAAUGAAGUAAUAUCGUGAGUUAACAAUCUUUCUUAAAUUAAGUAAGCAGCAUAUGCACUUAUAUUGUAGCUCUAUUGUUUGUUGUUCACCUUGAUUAAUUUGAACACACACACAUUUUAUUUGAUUUAAUGGUUUUUCCUGUACUAAACUACUGGGAGCCUUCAGAAUACAUAACUUUGAUGAUUUAUACUUUUAAUUUUUUUACGGAAAUAGAUCAUGCGUUAUCGUAGUUUAAUAACUAAUCUUACUAACUGCCACAUAAAAUAUACAUUCACUCAUGGUUAUUGUACAAAUGACAUAAUAAAGCAAAUGUAAAAGCAAAAGGCAGCAACAAUAAAUAUUUGUAUUUUGUAUCAUGUGAAAUGAAUAUAUCCGGUUUUUUUUCUGCAUGACAAUUUCUUUUGCAUAUUAGCUCUUUUGUUAUUUUUGUUAAAUAUGAAAUUUCAUGAUUUGACUCUGUUUAAUGAAUGAUUUUUUGUAAAGACAUUGUUAUUUA